CCCUCAUAGCCAACACAGGGCUCUGUGUCCUCCGCUGUAAAUAUUGGGGAACCUUUGAACCACUCCCCCUGUUUUAGUGAGAGUACUCCUGGCUACAGCUGGCCCACCACCAUGGCCACGUCUCCCGUCAAAGACUUCCUGGUUACAUAUAUAAUGCCAGAAAAAUGUUAUGAGAGGAUUUUCGUCAGCUUUUACAUAAACGUGCCUUGCCUAACGUUUAUAAUGAACAGAGCUGUCGGAUUAUGGAUCUUACUGGACACUUUCCUGGCACAGCUACUUCAGCUGUUGAAGAUACUGUGGAGAAGAAGUGCAGAUGGCCUGAGUCUGACCUCCGUGCUGCUGCAACUAUAUGCUUUCUCAUGUCCUGUUGUGUAUGCCAUGGCCAACAACUUCCCACUCUUUGCCUGGGGUGAGAGGCUCUUCGCCUUGGCCCAGACCGCAGCGAUUGUCUUCCUCAUCCUGCAUUAUCGUGGUGAAACUCUAAAAGGUAUGUUGUUCCUCUUGGCUUAUGGGUGUCUAAUGUUCCUUCUGGGCUCCUACGCAGCAGCAGCAGCUGUCUCAGUAAUGCAGACCUCAAGUUUGGCAACUUUAAUUGCAAGCAAGGUUCUCCAGGCUGGAACCAACUACUGUAACGGCCACACAGGCCAACUGUCCACUCUGUCUGUGUUACUAUCGUGGGCAGCGUCUCUGGGUGUUAUCUUUGUGACUCUGCAGGAGACAGGAAGCUCGUUUGCCACUCUGUCACACACAGUGUCAGCCUGUCUCAGCGGGGUCCUCCUGGCCCAGGUCCUCUGCUACAGGAGCAGCACCACCACCUCUAGAAAGAAGAACGAGUAGAGGUGGAGGAUGGUGACAAAUGAACACUCAAUAUGCUGAUCCUUCCUGUAAUUCUAGGUAUAGUAGGAAAUGUUUACAGUGUCUUUUCUAUAAAUAUGCCGGUGUUCUACACUCAGAUCUACUUUAAAAGAAAUUGUGUGUCUGUGUAAACAAGAACUCUCAUUGUCAUGCUAUUUAAUAAUUUUAGACAUGUUAUUUCUGUAGUUAGUUUCCCAUUAUUGUGAGGGUGAGGGAAUAAAAAAUCUAUUGUCGCUCUCCAGUGAUUGAAAUAAGAUGACUUUUACACAGCUUUCAAUGGUAUCUGCAGGUAACAGUCAGUUGGGUUAACUGCUUUCAGUUCAAGGACAAACUGACAGAGCAUCUACACGAAUUCUUCCUCAAAUUUCACAAGUCUGAGUAAUUCCUAAUCUCAGGGAAGAAGUGCAGUCAUGCAGCAGACAUAUUGACACAUGAAGAGUCUCUAUACUCACUUCCUUCCUGCUCUCAAAUGAGUCAUCCGUGAGCGGGAACAAACAGAACAUAACAUUAAACUAUCUUUCGUCAGAUCAGGUCAUUUCACUGAUUAUUUCCUCCUCUGUGGGUGAUGGAACAUUCUGAUGAUGAUUCAUGCCGUGUUGUGUCAGAUUUGCUGUUGCUGUAGUUCUACUCGUACAGUUCCAAGCAUCAAACAGCUUCAGGAAAUGGGAUAUUCUUGAGGCGAGAUUACCCAACACCUUACAGUAAACUGGAAGCUGGAAGUUAAGUGAUUUGCUUGAGGGGGUUUUCAGAAAUGAAUGUCAAUAAUUUCCUUGUUAAGAUGUCAGACCAAACUGUUCAACAUUUUGGACAAUGACGCACACUGCCAUGCACAACUGACAGACUGAGAAAGUAAUUUGUCCCCAGGGCCAUACAACUCUACAAUGCUUCACAAAAGUAAAAAAAAAAUCAGAGCUGUUCAACAUCACAUCUCCUUAAGUCCUCUAAUAUUUCCUUAUUUAUGUCAUCAACUCAUCCAUGAUUCAU